AUGGUUGCCGAAAGCAUUAAUCAACGCGAUGGCCGACCAUUAGGUACUUUUAGCAUUGAUCUCAGGAGAGGAUGGUGCGAUUGUGGGAGGUUUCAGGCAUUUCAUUUACCUUGCUCCCAUGUAAUCGCAGCAUGUGCCAGUAUAGGACAGAACCAUAACAUGCACAUACCAGAUGUUUUCAAGGUUCUAAGUGUAUUCAAAGUAUACAGUCAAAGCUUCCUUGGACUUCCACACCAGCAAAAUUGGCCAACAUAUGAAGGAUUCACUCUUUGCCAUGACGAGACAAUGCGAAGAAAUAAGAAAGGGCGUCCAAAUAGUACAAGAAUUACAACUGAAAUGGACGAUUUUGAGAAAGAAAAGAGAAGAUAUGGAAUUUGUCGAAAAAUCGGUCACAUGCGGAGAAAAUGUCCGAACGUGGCAGACCCAUCAAAUCGGCCCGUCUAA